AUGGUCAUGUCUUGGAUCCUUCAAUCUGUUUCUCCCGACAUUGCCAAGAGUAUUAUGUUUCAAGAUAAGGCAGUCGACAUGUGGAAUGAACUCCAUGACCGUUUCAAUCAUGGUGAUGGCACUAGGAUCUUUGAGCUCCAAACAUCUAUUUCCAAUCUUAAACAGGGGGAUUCCAAUGUCACAUCCUAUUUCACUCGUCUCAAAUCCAUUUGGGAUGAACUCCGCGAGUUCCAAUCUUUUUCUCCCUGUGUUUGUGGAUGCACCUGUGGUGCUAUGAAAAAAUUGCAAGACUGCUAUAACAGGGAUCAAACCAUUCAAUUUCUCAUGGGCCUCAAUGAAUCCUAUGCCCAAGUUCGAGCUCAAAUUCUUCUCCACAACCCCAUUCCCCCUCUGUCCACUGUCUUCUCAAUGAUAGUUCAAGAAGAGCGUCAGCGCAGUCUUGGCACUAAUCCCAUCAUUGCAGCCACUUCCUCUUCUCGACCCCCUACUCCUAAAGCAAAGAAACCAAGACCAAUGUGUUCUCACUGCAAGAAACCAGGUCAUUGGGUUGAUAAAUGCUAUUUUAUCCAUGGAUUUCCUCCAGGAUAUGGAGACAAAAAACGGUCCGAAGAACCAUCCAAGGUUGCCAUAAACCAGAACACUUCAUCCUCGAUUGGCUCGGCUCCUCCAAUGACUCAUGAUCAGGUUCAAGAACUCAUCACAUUGCUGAGCCAAUCACUCAAGCAAUCAAUUGAGACGCCUCCUUUGCAAAACUCUUACUAA